ACCACAUCAAAACAUCACAAUCUUCUUCUUGAAAGCAUAGCUCGCUAUUAAACAAUUACUUUCACUAUUAUCAUCAAAUUCUCUCUUUCAGAAUUCAGACUCCUUCAAUGGAGCUCCGUACGCCUCCAAAACCCUAGAAAUAAGCAACAAUAAUAGGCAUUCAAACCACAAGCUCUCAAUAAUCGAAAUUCAGCUCUUUGGAUUUUCUCAAUUUCUUGGAAAAUUCACCGGGAAUUUUCUUUUUUAUUUUUCUAUUAUUCUUGUUCCAAACGCACUGCUCUGACCCAUUGUAAAUAUCUCAAAUAUGAAUCCCAUGUGAGACAUUUUUUUUCUUCCCUAAAUUGGUGAUUCUUGUUGGGCAAAGAGAGUGGGGGGCUGAGGAGGAGCGGCCUUAAUUGGACAUUCAUGGAGAGCAGCAAUGUAGUAGACAAUGAUCAAAGCUCCGGUUGGAUGCAAGUGAAAAAGAAGCAUAGAAGUGGUUCAAAGUCCUCAACACAUGGUUGGGCUGGAGGAUUGCCUGGGAGAUCAGAUUCUGCUAGCCCUCAUAGUUGUUUGUUGGAUGUAAACCGUGAGAAGAAUGAAGGCACUAGCCAGCCUCUAAAAGCAGAGAGACGUUAUGCUUCAAAAGCUUCCGCUGGUGUUGCCAAUUCUUGUUCUGUUCCACAUAAAGGUGAAACAGCCACACAUUAUCUAGACAAAUGUGUCGUUAGUCAAGGCAAUAAAAAUUUGAAUACACCUCUGUUAGUUGGUGCAAAUGUCACUGGUAAAGGAGUCAUUGAUGAACAUCUGCAGAGGAAUAAUCAGGAUGUUCUGCCAAAAAUCAAGUGGGGUGAUUUGGAUGAUACAGCUCUGAUGUUGCAUUUUGGAGACAAUGUUGGAGCUGAAAUUAAGUUUGGCGAGAUUGCAAAUCACAAUUUGGUUGGCAGGAAGUAUGAAAAGGUUAAUGAUUCUGUUUCACAGAUUUGUUCUAUUUAUCCUGAAGAAAGUGAAUUGCCCAUUGAUGAAGAUCCACAGUCUCAUUUGAUGUCUCAAAAGAAUGAAUUUGUCGGGGAAAAAUCUACUGAGGUUGAUGAAGUCUUUUCUGAAGAUGUGAAAAUUGAAAUUACAAGCGAGAAGAUACUUGAUCCUCCCUCUGCUGCUGUGCCAAAUCACAGAGGACACCAUAUGCAUUCCAAAACAAAAGAUGAUGACAGUUUCAAUAAAUUUAAUCAAACUAAUUCUGGAGUAUUUGUUGAGGAGCUUGGCCCGUCUGCAAUUCCUGCUGCCUCAUGUACUUUGGAAAAUUCCAAUGCACCUAUUAUUGAUGGAAAUUCAAAAAUGGCAGGAACAUCACAAGACUCUGAAUCAGCAGGUUCUGAUAAAGUACAACCUGAAAUUCAUGGAGAAUCAUCAUUGGAAGCUUCUAUUGGGGAUAUCAGGGCACAAGGUGAUAGUGAAAGUAAAACACAAAACAUAGUUGCUAUUGGUGUGAAUGAUAAUAGUGAAAGUAAAGAGAGGUUUAGGCAACGCCUUUGGUGCUUCCUCUUUGAGAACCUUAACAGGGCAGUAGAUGAGCUUUAUUUACUUUGUGAGUUAGAGUGUGACAUGGAGCAAACAAAAGAGGCUAUUCUUGUUCUUGAAGAAGCUGCUUCAGAUUUCAAAGAACUCAAUUCAAGAGUGAAGGAAUUUGAGAAAAUGAAGAGGACCUCUUCUCGUGUAAUUGAUGGAGCUUCAUUAAUCAUGAAGUCUGACCAUCGUAGGCCACAUGCUCUCUCAUGGGAGGUCCGCAGAAUGACUACUUCACCACACAGGGCUGAGAUACUGGCUUCAUCUCUCGAGGCUUUCAGAAAAAUUCAACAAGAAAGAGCAAGGGCUCAUGCAAAUGAUGCUGGGAAACUGGGUUCUGAUUGUGAAACCAGUGAUCUUUUGAGGAAGUAUACUGAGAGAAUAGAUAUUAUGAGCAAUGAGAAAGAACCAGUAGCAAAGGCAAGGAAGGUAAGUGGUGCAUCUGAUCUAUCUCAUCGGAAUUCAAGUAAAGAGAAAAGAAAUGGUGAUGCAGGCAGGUCCAACUCUCAUACAUCUAGAUUGCCUCAUAAAGAUGCUGCUUUUGUCACUGUAAAAAACAAGAAAGAUAAAGUAAUUGCAGAUAAUAUGAUUGAAAAAAACUCAAAAUCAGUUGAUCACUCAAAAAAGCAAAUUCCUCUUUCUGAAAGGGAGAAAGAAAAACGGAAUGAAAUGCCAUGGAAAUCCAUGGAUGCUUGGAAAGAGAAAAGGAACUGGGAGGAUAUCCUUGCGUCACCCUACCGCGUUUCUUCACGUUUUUCACAUUCGCCGGGUUUGAGCAGGAAAAGUGCCGAGCGUGCCCGCAUUUUGCAUGAUAAACUUAUGUCUCCUGAGAAGAAGAAAAAAUCUGCUCUUGAUCUGAAAAAGGAAGCAGAAGAAAAACAUGCACGGGCUAUGAGAAUCAGAUCUGAGCUUGAGAAUGAGAGAGUUCAAAAACUUCAGCGAACAUCAGAAAAACUGAACCGUGUCAAUGAAUGGCAAACUGUACGUAACAUGAGACUACGGGAGGUAAUGUAUGCUCGCCACCAGCGUAGUGAAUCUCGACAUGAAGCUUAUUUGGCAGAGAUUGCAAGAAGAGCUGGUGAUGAAACCAUUAAAGUUAAUGAGGUUCGAUUCAUCACUUCACUGAAUGAAGAGAACAAAAAACUCAUGUUGCGUCAGAAGCUCCAUGAUUCGGAGUUGAGGAGAGCUGGGAAACUUCAAGUUUUGAAAACAAAACAAAAAGAAGAUAUGGCAAGGGAAGAAGCAGUCUUGGAACGCAAGAAACUUAUUGAAGCAGAAAAAUUGCAGCGACUUGCGGAAACACAGAGGAAAAAGGAGGAGGCUCAAGUGAGAAGGGAAGAGGAACGCAAGGCAUCGACUGCAGCACGUGAAGCUAGGGCUAUGGAGCAGAUGCGAAGAAAGCAGGUCCGGGCCAAAGCCCAACAGGAGGAAGCUGAGCUACUGGCCCAAAAAUUAGCUGAAAGACUCAGAGAGAGCGAACAGCGUCGUAAUUUUUACCUGGAGCAGAUAAGGGAAAGGGCUUCAAUGGAUUUCAGGGAUCAAUCACCUUUACUGCGCCGCACUAGUAAUAAGGAGGGGCAAAACAGAUCUACACCCAACAGUAAUGGUGAAGAUUCUCUAGGAAACAACUGCUCUGGUUCUGAAGGGAAUGCCCUUGACUCUAGCAAUGCAACAUUGCAGCAUUCACUCAAACGAAGGAUCAAAAGAAUUCGUCAAAGACUUAUGGCUCUGAAGUAUGAAUUGAUUGAGACAUCAGCUGGAGCUGAAAAUAAUGGUUUUGCAUAUCGAACUGCUGUGGCAACUGCAAAGAUAAAAAUUGGAAAAUGGCUUCAGGAACUUCAGAAACUUCGCCAGGCUAGAAAGGCAGGGGCAGCGUCUUUUGGACUAAUUGCAGCUGAAAUUAUCAAGUUUUUAGAAGGAAGGGAUGCGGAGUUGCAAGCUUCUCGCCAAGCUGGUCUGCUUGAUUUUAUUGCUUCUGCCCUCCCUGCCUCCCACACAUCCAAACCUGAAGCCUGCCAGGUUACAGUGCACCUUUUGAGACUUCUGAGAGUGGUGCUUUCAACCCAUGCAAAUAGGAGUUAUUUCCUUGCACAGAACCUCCUACCUCCAGUCAUCCCCAUGUUGGCAGCAUCUCUUGAAAACUAUAUCAAAAUUGCAGCAUCAUCAAAUGCCCCUGGUUCAACCAACUUAAUCUCAAGUAAAACAUCAGUUGAAAAUUUGGAGUUGAUUUCUGAUGUUUUGGAUGGUUUUCUCUGGACUGUGGCAGGAAUUAUUGGUCAUACAAGCUCUGGUGAGCGCGACCUUCAAUUGCAGGAUGGUCUAACAGAACUAGUGAUAGCAUACCAAGUUAUUCACCGGUUACGGGAUCUUUUUGCACUAUAUGAUCGACCUCAUGUGGAAGGCUCUCCUUUCCCUUCAUCAAUACUUCUGAGCAUCAAUCUGCUUUCAGUUCUCACAUCCAGAUUCAGAAAUCUGUCCUUAAUUGAUUGUGAAUCCAUUCCAAAAACAAGUACUGAAGAGGUUAAACCAGCUGAGCUUGCAGAAGAUAAACAGGAAUUGUCCACCAGUUUUAGGCAGGAGAUUAAAUUACCUUCGGUGGCAAUUACUGAAGGUGUAGCCUUAACAUUGACAGAUAUACCAGAAGAUAAGUCCCAAGAUGAAUGUAUAAAGGUCGAUGGUAAUAGCUCAACAUUGGUUGACCAGAGUUCUGGUACAGUGAGAGAAACUGCCACUGCGUCCUGUGAAUUGCAGAGUAAUAUGGUAGAUGAUAUUUUGGGCUCUUCUGUUUCUCAUAAGGAUGAGAACCCUAUUAAUAAUAGUGAGGAACCAAAAACUGGAAAUGAGUUGGGCUCAAAACAACCUGUAGAUUUCCUUCUUUCUGCAAUAUAUGAGACUGGCUUAGUGUGUCUACCAUCCAUGUUAACAGCUGUUCUAUUGCAGGCGAACAACAGAUUUUCCGAACAGACAUCCUAUGUCCUUCCAUCUAAUUUUGAAGAAGUGGCAACUGGGGUGCUGAAGGUGUUGAACAAUUUGGCACUAAUAGAUAUAUCUUUUAUACAGAAGAUGCUGGCCAGACCAGACCUGAAAAUGGAAUUCUUUCACUUAACAAGUUUUCUACUUUCUCAUUGCACUAACAAGUGGGCUCUAGCAACUGAUCAGAUUGGUUUGCUAUUGAUGGAGUCACUGUCACUACUUGGCUAUUUUUCAUUAUUCCACCCAGAGAACCAAGCUGUUCUUCGUUGGGGAAAGAGCCCUACCAUACUUCACAAGGUCUGUGACCUCCCUUUCGUGUUCUUCACUGACCCUGAGCUGAUGCCAGUUCUGGCUGGUACACUAGUUUCUGCCUGCUUUGGGAGCGAGCAGAAUAAGGGUAUUAUUCAACAAGAGCUCAGUACAGAUAUGAUCCUUUCUUUGCUCAAAGCUUGCCGAAGUAGUUUGCCUACUGCAAGUUCAGCCAUUUGUAAUCCUUCAGGAGAUGAUUUUGGCGUGUCAAAUCAGUUGAUUCCUGAAUCUAAGAACCCAUCAACUGAUAUCCCUCAAAGAUUUCCCCGAAAUGGUCCACGAAAUGCUCAGAUUCUUUCACAGAAAAGUGGAAUUUCGACAAACACAAGAACUGCCAAGAUGCGAAACUACCACAAAGAUAACAAAGUGGGAAAGCUUUGUGAUGUGAAAGGUCUAAAGAGUAAUUCUUCUUCUUCUUCUUGUGCUUUGAUGUUGCACUCGAGAGUCACUUCGAGUGUGAUAGACAAAACAGAGCAGUUCUUUGUAGCUGACUUGCCAGUCUUGAUUGAAGAGAUUUGAUGGAAAUGUUCUGUUACGUGACCGAUCAAUCACUGUGUUCGAGCAUACGGGUAGGUCACUCUGUGCAAGAACAAAGCAUAUAGAGAAUAAGCGGACUUACUCUCUGCCGAGAUAAUAGAAAUUUCACGAACUUACAUUUGACAUUUUGGGACUAGUACUGAAUUCCUGCUAUAGACGAUGUUCUUUGAGUGUUUCAAGGCAAGAAGUGCAAAAUUCUUGCAAAAUGGGAUGUCAUGUUGGGGUGGAGGGAAAGGGGUUGGUUUUGGUUGGUGAUGCAGAAAAAAUGUAAAAUUGUAUUCCAAAGUAGAUAAAUUUUGCAGGUGAAAUGAAGUCCAUUCUUGCAAACAAUUAU